AUGACUUCAAACUCCCUCUCUGCCACACCCAUGGCGGCUGUGGUCGACGCAGAGAAGUCCAGUGAUAUCCACGGAAGCUUGGACAUGGAUUCUAUCACACGGGAGGCGGCAGCAGCCACGGACGCCGAGCAUCAGCUGGGCUUCGACAUGGCGCUGCUAAACCAGCUCUACGCCUUCCCGCCCUUCAUGCAACGCUUUGGCCAGCAGACGCCAGACGGCGACUACCAACUGACUGCUGCCUGGCAGGCCGGUCUUUCAAAUGCCAUCUACGUCGGAGAGAUCGCUGGUUUGUUCAUCAGCGGUAUCAUUUCUGAGAGGAUCGGCUACCGAAAGACCCUCAUGGGUGCAAUGACUCUUGUGGCGGCUUUCAUCUUUAUCAUCUUCUUCUCGGAAUCUCUUGUGCAACUUCUCAUCGGCGAGUUUCUGAUCGGUAUCCCGUGGGGUGUAUUCCAAACACUUACAACUACAUAUGCGGCUGAUGUGUGUCCUCUACACCUUCGGGCAUACCUUACGACCUACAACAAUCUGUGCUGGGUGAUUGGUCAACUUAUAGCGGCUGGUGUCAUGGUUGGCAUGCUCGAGCACAUGGAGGCACUUGGAAUAUGGUCAUACAAGAUCCCAUUUGCACUGCAGUGGAUAUGGCCACUACCUCUCAUCCUUCUGAUUUUCCUUGCCCCCGAGUCUCCGUAUUGGUUGGUACGCAAGGGCAGAUACGACCAGGCCAAACGUUCUCUGCUUCGCCUGACAGCACGCAACACGGCCGACACGAAGUUCAGUAUCGAUAACAACAUCUCCAUGAUGAUCCACACCAACGAGCUGGAGAAGCAUGCCAGCGAGGGAACUUCCUAUCGUGAUCUCUUUAGAGGCCCAGUCAACCGACGUCGCACUGAGAUAGUCUGUAUGACUUGGGCCAUCCAGACUCUCUGCGGGUCUACAUUCAUCGGCUUCUCGACCUACUUUUACACAAAUGCUGGAAUACCUGAUAGCCAGGCUUUCAACAUGACUCUGGCAGGCUACGGCAUCGGUGCGUUCGGGACUAUCAGCUCCUGGUUCCUGAUGCGCUGGUUUGGGCGCCGCGCAAUGUACUUCUGGGGCCAAGCCUCCAUGGCUCUCUUCCUCCUUGGUAUUGGUCUAGCCGGCAUCAUGGGAACCGGAAACUCUGCAGCGAGCUCGGCUAUUGUCGCGCUGCUGCUUCUCUACACCCUGACCUAUAACGUCACCGUCGGCCCUGUCUGUUACUCGCUCGUCUCUGAAUUGAGCUCCACACGCUUGCGAAAUAAGACUGUGGUCCUGGCGAGGAACUUGUACAACAUAAUGGGCGUUGUCACCAAUGUCCUUUCGCCUCAGAUGAUCAACCCGACGGCCUGGGGCUGGGGGGCCAAGACUGGUUUCUUCUGGGCUGGAACUUGUGCCCUCUGCGCAGUUUGGACCUAUUUCCGGUUGCCAGAACCGAAAGACAGGACCUAUGGAGAGCUGGAGGUCUUGUUCGAGCAGCGCGUGUCUGCCAGAAAAUUUCACAAGACCGUAGUAGAUCGCUUCGCAGCAUCCAAGGAUGACUCAGCUCCCGGGGACGAGAAGAAAGAGGGUGCUGUCGAAAUUGUUGAGACUGUUUCGCGUCAAUCUUCAUAG